AGGCUUAUCAGCUGAUGCUGACAUUGCUGACACUGGUGACAGUGACAGAUAAAAUACUUAUAUAGACAAGUAGGAUCACCAGUAGAAUGUGUAUUUAGUUGUUUGAUCAUAAUUUUGCCUGUUUAGAAUUGUGAAUACGAUUUUUAACAUUGACAUUUUAUUAUCUGUGAAGCUAUUGUAUUUUACUUUCAACAAGUACGUCGCAAUGGAUAAAAUUUCUAAAAUAAUUAUAAAACCUUUAGAAAAGUCUAUCUACUUAAAACCAUAUACAAUGCAUUUCACUCAGAAUGGUUCUAAAAGGACAUGGGAUUUACUUACUGUUCAUGAUAGUGUCGCUAUAGUUAUAUAUAAUACAACAAGAAACGUACUUAUAUUUGUAAAGCAGUUCCGACCAGCAGUAUAUUAUGGUAGCAUUCCAGUAGAAGAUAGAAAAGGAGAAGGUGAAGUAGACAUCCAAAAGUAUCCUCCAGAAAAUGGAAUUACUAUAGAAUUAUGUGCAGGGAUAGUAGAUAAACUAUUACCAUUAGAAGAAAUUGCCAAGGAAGAAAUUUUAGAAGAAUGUGGAUAUGACGUUCCCAUAAAUAAAUUGGAGAAAAUAGGAUCGUAUUGUUCAGGAGUUGGUACAUCCGGAAGUUUACAAACCGCUUUUUAUUGUGAAGUCAGAGAUGAAAUGAAGGUUGCUGCAGGUGGAGGAGUAGAAGAUGAAAUUAUAGAUGUUAUAGAAAUGACUGUUGAUGAAGUAAAAAAAUAUAUAUCUCAAAAUCAUAUUAGGAGUCCACCAAGUUUUAUGUUUGGUAUAUUGUGGUUUUUAUAUAACAAAAAGGAAUAAAGAAUUCUAAUGUGAAUACACAUUUAUCUUGAGUGUGUUCAAUUUAAAUUUUAAGUGCUCGUCUAACAGUCGGUGCUUACAUGUAAUUAUUUUCAUCGAAAUAUUUUAAAUUAUUUUUGCACAUAUUGGUAAAAGAAUCAUGUAGCAAAACAUAGAGCAAAACUAAUUAUACAUAGACAUUUGUAGCAAUUAGUUCAUACUUGGCCCUUUUUGCUUGCACUACCCUCCACCUUACAACAUCCGUAGGUACAACGGAAAUUUGUUUUCAAAUUUUAAUGACGUGCGGGACUUUAACCCACUGUGGUAGGACCAGCCUGACCUGACGUCAACGGGAGUAGCGAGGCCUUAACCACGUGGCUACCACUGCCCCCCUUAUUACUAUCCAUUACUCCAUUUAAUAUAACCUUUUACAGAGAGAUAGACUUUCAGAGGUGUAUUUUUUUCUUUACGUGAAAACAGUUACAAAUCUUUUUUAUUUUGAAUAUGUCCUAUGUCUACAAAUAUAAAAUUUAAAAUCUUUAUAACUGAGUUAGGCUCUCUGAAUCUAAUUCUGAUAGUGUUUGCUUUGUUUAAAGAAUUACAAACAUUUUCUUGGGGACCACUAAGUACGUAUUAAUUUAAGAAUUAACGUUUAUGCAUAUGUCUGAUAUUCUGUAAAAUAAAUAUUUCCCUAUACGACAAAUAGAUAAUAUGGAAACAUUGAA